UCACACCUUCCCAUCACCCCUCGCGGUUCGGGCUAACCGCAGUGGAGGAUACCGAAGCAGGCGGCCAUGUUAUAGUGUCAGGACAGAAAAAGCAAAGGGCGAAGAAAGAAAAGAGAAGGGAAUAAAAAAGAGACAAUAGAAACAAGACCUACUAAGGCGAAGACUGUUUAAAUUAAUUUCAAUCGGCUAUUAGAGGAGCCUAGCAGUUAACUGAGACGCCAUGAGUGGAGGGACCCCUUACAUCGGCAGCAAAAUCAGCCUGAUCUCGAAGGCCGAGAUUCGUUACGAGGGGAUUUUGUACACUAUCGAUACGGAAAACUCAACGGUGGCCCUCGCUAAAGUGCGCUCUUUUGGUACGGAGGAUCGACCCACCGACAGGCCCAUCCCACCACGAGAUGAGGUGUUUGAGUACAUCAUCUUCCGGGGUAGUGACAUAAAAGACUUGACUGUGUGCGAGCCCCCUAAACCCACAUGUUCCCUUCCCCAGGACCCUGCUAUCGUACAGUCUUCUCUUGGGUCCACCCCUCCUGCUGCAACAUCUUUCCAGUCUGUGAGCUCCUAUGGGCCCUUUAGCCGGGCCCCGGUACCCCCCUACAGCCAGUUCAACCCCAGCCCCCUGGUGGCCCAGCAGUUUGGGGCAGUAGGUGCAGGAAGCUCAGGGCCCUCCUUUGGUAGCGACACAAGCACAAGCGCGUCCCUGUCCCAGAGCAGUACUAUUGGCUCCGCUUUCCCCCCCGAAACGCGCUCACUGAACUUACACAUAACCGAAGGUCCCUCGAGCCCUCAGCUGGAUGCUGUGAGGAAGAGCCCCUCCAUGGAGCAGACAGUCCAACCCGCCCCCUCUGCCACAGCUCCUGCCCCUCCCGCACCUGUGGGGCAGAGGAGCCCGGUGCCCGCUAGGCCCACUGCAGCCGGCACCCACAAGCCCUCAGAUGGACCCGAGCAGAGGAGAGGUGCUGAAGUCCAGAAAACACAGAGACAGGACUCUGACCAGGGCAGGACAGAUGUCAGUAAACGGCAGGCAGCAGGGGCGCCCCCAGCUCGCCGGGGCCGUGGGGGUGGGCACCGUGGCCGAGGCCGCUUUACCGUGCGGAGAGACGGGCCCAUGAAGUUUGAGAAGGACUUUGACUUUGAGAGCGCCAACGCUCAGUUCAACAAGGAGGAGAUCGACCGAGAGUUCCAGAACAAGCUGAAACUAAAAGAUGAGAAGCCAGAGAAGCAGGAGAAGACAGUGAAUGGGGAGGAUAAAGGAGACUCUGGGGUCGAGACCCAGAACAGCGAAGGGAAUGCAGAUGAGGAGGAUCCUCUAGGACCCAACUGCUACUACGACAAGUCCAAGUCUUUCUUUGAUAAUAUCUCCUGUGAUGAUACCAGGAAAGCAGCUGAAAAAUCUGGAGUUUCAGCAUUCCCAAGGGAGCGGAGGCCAACCUGGGCUGAAGAGAGGCGGAUGAAUGCGGAGACAUUCGGCAUCCCAGUGCGCCACAAUCGGGGCCGAGGGGGCUUCCGAGGGAGAGGAGGCAUCAGCUUUCGUGGGGGGCGGGGCCGCGCGGCCAACAGGGGGUCCUUUGGGCAACCACGCGGAGGCACCGGCAGCUUCAGGGGUGGCUUCAGAGGGGGGCGGGGCGGCAGAGAAUUCUCAGAUUUUGAAUACAGGAAGGACAACAAAGUGGCCGCAUAGUACACCUGGAGCAUGGAUCCAAAACUGAAAUGUAGCUCUUCAAGGUCCAGAACUUAGUUUGGGUUUCGACUUUUGCCAAAAAGAAUGAAGAAGCAUACUUGCUGUGUAUUCGUCACCAGCACUGGGGUAGAGUGCUAGACUGCUUGGGUUUAAAUGCAGUUUCUUUUCCAUUUCCUUUUUCAAACAAAAACAAAUGCAUACAGCACAGUCUGAGAAACAUAAUGCUUUUUUGGAAAUGUAGGCAGAAGGUUGGGAAAUAAUGUAAAAUACAGUACUUCAGUGGAACUCUUCAGUAUUUUUUUCUUACUAAUAUUGUAUUUGAUGAUGUUCUGUUAAGUGUAAAGAUGGAUGCAGAAGCCCGCCGAUACUGUGAGAGUACUGGUCACUGAAAUAGCUUUAUUUUUUGGACAUAUCCUGUAAUGUACCUUAGAAGCACCAAAAUCCUGUAUGUAGCCAGUUGGGUCACAGUUACAGCUUUGUACUUUUUUUCUACUUCUCAUAUCAGUAGCCAGCUAUCCUGGCUUUGUGCAGCCUGCAGUGUUCUGCUGUGUAUUCUUGUCUGAAAUACUCUUCGUUUUAAUUAGCUUUUUUCAGUAUCUUUGGGUAUAGCAGUCCAGUGUAUGUCGCACAGUGAACCAGCACUGAUACCGAGCAGUUAAAUUCUGCAAAUAAGUGUUGCUGUAGGUGCAGUCUUUGACUUCAGCUUUCCUCUGCUGGCUCCAUAUUGUUCUUAUGUUAGUAGUCUCUCUAAGCCUCCACUAAGACCCAUUCACACAGGGUUAAGAGCAAGUUGGGCCACUCCCUAAUAACCACUGGAAUAUGACUCAUUGUUCUGAGGGCCAGUUAAAGGCUGUGAUUUUUACUGUGUAUCAGUGCAUGAAUGUAUCUACGCAAGUGUCAUUUGAAAAGUUGCCAGUUUCUUAAUUUUUUUCCCCCAGGGAUCUUUAAUAGUGUUCAUAACUAUUGGACUAAAAGACUUUUAGCAGUGAAUUUCCUGGAGCUGGUUGGAAGAACAACGACGCACAUUGUGUAGUUAUACUGGUAGUUGAAGUAUGGUUAUAGUUUGAUAAACUGCAGUCUUCAUUUUCUCAAUGCAGUGAUGAUGUGGACAUUUGCUGUAGCUUGUUCGUCAAAUUUAGGGCCAAUUCCUAUUGUCUGAUGUAGAUGUCAUAAUAUUCAUGAUAGAUGAAGUUGAUUGACUUUCUGCUUUUACUGCUAAGGAUGCCUGGAUGCUUGACUUACAGGCUGUGAGCACAUUCCCUGGUAAUUCUGUGAUUAGCAAAGUUGAGUUUAUUUGGACUGAAUAGUUCAGGAUGUGCAUCUCCUUUGAGCAUUUUAAGUGUUUUAUUAAGAAAGAAAUCUUUUAAUUACUCAUAGGGGAAGAAUUUUGCAGAAAAUGUAUUCAGUUGCACUUUAAAGAAUAGUAUUUAAAGGGCCUUGUCACCAGGUAACCCUUUAAUCUGUGGUUGUGUUUUAUGUAGGCAGCAGCUUGUGCUCUAGUCUAAGUGAUCUUGAUUUUUGAUGCCUGAUAUCCUGUGUGAAUGGGCCUGGAGCUGUUAAACAUUGCAUUGAAUUUACAUUUUUAGAGAUAAUAAUAGAGAUGUACGGUUUUGGUAUGGUUCCUAAAAUGGUUGUAUAACAAGUGUUUAUGGUGAAUCAAGGUGAAAAGGCUCCACUGUAAAGCAGGCUGUCAACUUUAAUGUUGCCUUGUAUGUGCAUAGUUGCCUCUGGGACAUGAUGGGAAUCUCCCCCCCAGCUAAGAGUCUUAUAGCUGCAUCUAUAGUGGUAUGUUUUUUUUCCCAGUUAUGCCUGUAGACGUUCCAGAUAUUUGCCACCUAGGUGUCCACAUUAAUUUAACAGCUUCCUGUUAAGUGCUAUUGGGAGCAGCUCACAAAGGCACUGUUUCUCAGUGCAGCCUGGCAGGAGAAAAGGAGU